AUGGCCACCGCGUCCGACACCAACAUGAACCUCAUCGCUAUCCUCAGUGGAACAGCGCUAGUCAUAUCAUUCCAUCAUACUUACAAAUUCGACAAGUGCAAGUGUCUCAUUCCCAAAGCUCAUGACUGGUUUCGCGCCCUCUUGACAUGGAUGCUUUUGUGCUCCAAUAUGUGUCUGUUUGCGUGGGCGGCGGGCUACUGCUGGGUCAAGUACAAGUUGAAAUGGGUAUAUACAGAAGAGUACGGCGCUAUACCGUAUCCUCCCACUCUCUACACUGAGCAGUACCGUUUGCUCAACACUCCCCUCAUGAUCGUCUUCAACAUCGCCUUCUCCCUUCAAACAUCACUCAACGCCGAAGAGGGCCUUUAUUGGUACCAUCUGAUGCGCGCCGUCCGUCAACCCAAGUCGGCUCGCUCAUGGCUCACCUCGCCCUACUUUUACGCCUGGAUCGUCAUCAGUGUGGUCUCGACCACUUUGCAGUGCGGAAUCGGAUGGAUCCACAAGGGCAGUGAACUCGACCUGGUGCACCAGAUGUCUGUAGUCAUGACCGUUGAUGGAGCUGUGGAGCUCAUAGUGAUGUCUGCAGCUUCAAUUGUAAUCUGGAAGUUUCCUGCUUUCCUUGAUACCGUGAAAGCUUCAGGGGCGGGUCCAGAAGUCAGGUCUCGGCUUCACUUCUAUCAGGAAGCAAACAAGGUCCGAACAUUCUUCCGCUUCAUCUACUCGACCGGCAUGAUUGUAUUGGGUGUCGAUGGUCUGUCAGACAAGCAGCUGAUCUCCAACACCCCCAUCGCAAGUGACAUUGUCUCUCAACUAGUCUUUGGGUCCUUCUUCUUCAUCCUCAUCAUCUCGAUCGUGCUGUACCUUCCCCGCUCAUGGGCACCCCCCGGAACUCAACACAACAAUGUCAUGGUAGGCCGCGCCGUUCAACAGCCAGAUCACCACCAGCUUGCCAGUGGGGUUGCCCUCAUGUCGCUUUUGAGGGAAGGUGGGCAGUGGGAUGAUGAGGCCAUGAAGAACAUGACACUGGCUCCGACAAGUCCAUACAAUCUGGACAAUCCCAAACUCUACGGCUCGCAAGACCCCUUGACGGCCAAGGAGAGCGACUGGGAGCUGAAGGGGGAUUCUGGAGUAGAGAUUCCCAACGUUUUGGAAAACUUUACAUCUCCCAUCGCAGUCCAGACCAAGGAGAACUACCCUGUGGAGCUCCGUAUUCAUGUCGAGCAAGAAGUGCACGAGGACCGCGGAGAAAGCUAUGUGUGA